AUGAAUUUUAUACAAAGGGCAGCUUAUCGUUAUGGAUAAACAAAUGUGUCCAAACUUGAGUAAAUUGGAUUAAGCCAUACCAAAAGUGUCAACUUGUCCCGACCAUUGAGGUAAUUCAAAUCUUAUCAAGUAUUAGAAAUUUCAAUCCAGGACAAUAAGCCCCAAUAGCUUAUACUGAAUAAUUCACUUAUCCAAAGGACUACAGACCUUGGACUAUCAAUUACAAGUACGAAAUCUAUUAAACUAUGAUAGAAAGGAUGGUGCUUUUUGGAUGGUUAUGGGUAUUUCUUGGUUUGCAUAUUUUUCAUAUGAGUUGGCUUACUUGAGAAGAACAGAGCAAGAGGAAAGACCUAAUAAGGAUUAUUAUGCUUCUUGAUGAAGUUAAUAAAUACAUAAUAUAAAUUAUUAAAAU